AUGCGCAUCUUGCUAUUGACUCUCGUCAACCUCGUCAUUGCUACAGGCAUCGGCUCGUCCUACCGAUUCGAAGAUGCCUCGCUCUCGGUCCAGAUUACUGGCGGACUCGUGAGAGGUGUCAUUGACAGCCAAUUGCCAUCCGUACGCCAGUUCCUGGGCAUUCCAUACGCGCAGCCGCCUAUUGGGGGCUUGCGUUUCGCGGCGCCUCAACCAGCUGGACAGUUUGGAACUAUUAACGCCACCUCGUUGCCACUCAGCUGCCCGCAGACGUUUUCGAACGCGUCUGGUACAAUCUACAGCAAUUAUGUCCUUGAGUUCAACCUCCAAGGCCUGAACUACACAGCGCCAACGAGCGAAGAUUGCCUAAAAUUGAGUGUAUGGGCACCGACUGAGAUGCCUCAGGAUGGUGGCCUGCCUGUAUUGAUCUUCAUCUACGGCGGCGGGUUUGGCACCGGCGGCAUGGACGUCCCUUAUCAGAUUCCAGCUCAGUGGGUGCAACGAACACAAGACCACAUCGUCGUCACCUUUAACUACCGCGUCAACAUCUUCGGUUUCCCGGGCUCGGCAGCCCUACCUGCCGACGGUUUCAAUUUGGGUCUGCUGGAUCAGCGCCUGGCAGUUGAGUGGGUUGCUGCCAACAUCGCUGCCUUUGGUGGUGACCCGGAUCGCAUGAUCCUCUGGGGCCAGAGCGCUGGAGCCGCUUCGGCCGCCGUCUACGGCUACUCAUAUCCUGAUGACCCACUCGUCCGAGGCCUGAUUCAGGAUUCGGGGACGGAGGCCUUGGUUGGCAGUCUACAUCCCGAGCAGGUGGCGUCCAACUUCAGUUUUGUCGCGGCAAACUUGGGCUGCGAAGGCCUGGACCCAACGGAAGAACUCGCGUGCAUGCGCCAGGUCCCGGCCGACGAUAUCGAGAACUUUCUGCUCGCCUACAGCGUUGCAGGGAAGACACCGAGCUUAAGCUUCUCACCGGUCGUGGACGAGAAGCUCGUUUUCAGCAAUUGGUCAGAAAGAGCUUUAACGGGCAACAUUGCCAAGAUUCCUGCCAUCAUGGGAACCAACAAAGACGAAGGCGCGUUCAUGCCUUAUGACCCAACCGACCCGGCACAGGUGGCCGUUUUCAACCAGACACUCCAGGGUGUCUUCCUAUGUCCCGCUGUGAUGUCUACUAAGAUUCGAGCUGCAGCCGGCCUUGAGACCUACCGAUAUCGAUACUCAGGCAACUUUAGCAACAUCUCUCCGACAAAUUGGCUCGGCGCGUACCAUUCCUCUGAGUUGCCAUUACUCAUGGGGACGCACCCUAACUUUCGCGGCAACUCUACCCCUGAAGAAUACGCUCUUUCUACAUUUAUGCAGGAUGCUUGGGUGGCCUUUGCUCGCGAUGGUGGUGCUGCUCUGGAAGCACUGGGGUGGCCGCGCUACGACAACAGUACAGCCGAUGGCUUGAUCAUGCAGCUUGGUCAGGGCGAUACGGACCAUACUGAUACGGCUGACUGGCUAGAACAGAGAUGUUAG